AUGGUCACAGCUCCUCAGGCUCUGAAACUCUUCAGGCACCUUUCCCUCCACGGCUCUGCCUGCUCCUGGAGGAGCGGAGCUCUCCUGUUCCUGUUGCUUCUCCUCCUCUUCUUGGAGCAGACUUCGGCUUCAUACACCAUCAAAGUCAAACGAAAAGUGGGCGAGUGCCCCAGGGAGCGGUUGGAAUGUGAAGAUAGGGUCCCGAGCUCGUGCAUAACAGACUUCAACUGCGAGGCUCAUCUCAAGUGUUGUCCCUUUGCCUGUGGGAACCUGUGCAUGGACCCUUAUGAAGAACCCUGCAUGUUACCCUUGGCCACAGGAGACUGCCGUGCCAGUUUGACUCGCUGGUAUUUUGACAUUCAGAAGCAUCAAUGCAGACCCUUUAUGUACAGUGGCUGUCAUGGAAAUGCCAACAACUUCCUCAGCAAGGAUGACUGCAAGAAUGCCUGCAUGCUAAUUGUGAAGAAGGGACAAUGCCCACUCUUCCCUUUCCAAAUGCGAAUGGAGUGCCCGCCCUCCUGUAAGAGUGACAUGGAUUGCCAGGAGAAGGAGAAGUGCUGUGAGUCCCAGUGUGGCUUUGUUUGUGCCAGGGCUUGGCUAGUCAAAACAGGUUUCUGCCCAAGUAAGCCCAUGACGUGUAUGAAGAUCGAUAAGCCCAAGUGCUUGCAGGACAGUGACUGUCCCCUGGAUGAAAAGUGUUGCACACGCUGUGGACUGAAGUGCUUGGAACCCAGACACUGAGCAAUUUCUGCUCUCAGCCUGGACAGCAACCAAGAA